AUGAAGGUGAUGACCUCUCCCUUGGCGCUGCUCGCGUUUUCCGGCCUGCUCUGGAUUGGAUCUGCGUUUAAACCGGGCGUGUAUUGGGAGGUGCACCCCGGGCUGCAAUACAGAGGCGUGUCGAAGGAGAUCUCCGCUGACUUGGAGGAAUGUAAGGCGGCCUGCGCGAGGGAUGAGCCGUCCAUGCCAUGCCUCGCCUUCAACUUCAUGGAGUCGAGUGGCACCUGCCAGCUGGUGUAUGAGGGCAGGAAGCGGCUCGUCCCUACGGACGGGUUCGAGGCAUUUGUGAAA